AUGGUGAACAUGAGACGACUCACCAUUAGCCACAAUGCUUACGUUCUUCUUAAGAUACAUCCUCAUAAAUUACAGCUCCACCAACAUUUCUUCCCUAGCAUCAGUGGGUUGUCCAAAGUUAGUAACUCAAGCACAUGCCUAACACAUUCUCUUGCCAUAUCAUCCCAGUGGGUUGAUGAGGCUAUAGUAAGCAGACUUGAAUCCAACUUGCAGCAACUAUGUUCUGGAACGUCGAAUCUUGUCAGGCAAGGGAAGCAAGUUCAUGCCCAGUGCGUACUCCAUGGAUUACUUGACAAUGGGCUGCUGGGGCCAAAGAUCUUGGGGAUGUAUGUUCUCUGUGACAGCUUCAGGGAUGCUGUCAAAAUGUUUUAUCAGGUCCCUUUACAUUAUACCAUGCCUUGGAAUUGGAUGAUCAGAGGACUUAAUAAGCUGGGUCGCUUUGAUUUGGCCUUACUAUUCUACUUCAAAAUGUGGACUUGUGGGGUUUCUCCUGAUAAAUACACAUUCCCUUCUGUAGUGAAAGCCUGUGGUGGGUUGAACAAUGUGGCACUGGGAAAGUUAAUUCAAGAUGAUGUUUUAGACAUGCGUUUUGAUCUGGAUAUGUACAUGGGUAGCGCGUUAGUAAAGCUGUAUGCUGAGAAUGGGCAUCUGCAGGAUGCUCGUCUACUGUUCGAUAGAAUGUCUAAAAAAGAUUGUGUUUUGUGGAACGUGAUGCUUAGCAGUUUCGCAAAAUAUGGGGAGUCGGGUAGCACACUGAAAGCAUUCAAUGAGAUGCGAAAUUCGGGAAUCAUACCAAAUGCAGUUACGUUUGCUUGCGUUCUUUCUGUCUGCUCAGCAGAUGCAAUGAUUCGAUUCGGCUCUUUGAUUCAUGGACUUGCUGUUACUUCUGGGUUACAGUUCGAUCCUCAUGUUGCAAAUACACUAGUCUCCAUGUAUUCUAAAUGCAGAUGGUUGGGUGAUGCACGCAAACUGUUUGAUAGAAUGUUGCAAACUGAUUUGGUUAAGUGGAACUGCAUGAUGGCUGGACUGGUGCAACAUGGGUUUAUGGAAGAUGCUUCAAAUUUGUUCAAGGAGAUGAUAUCUGCAGGCGUUAAACCAGAUGGACGGACAUUUGCAACUUUUCUUCCAUCAGUUACAGACUCCAUGAGUUUCUCGCUUGGAAAGGAAAUUCAUGGCUAUAUAAUUAGGCAUGGUAUAAGUUUGGACGUCUUCUUGAAAAGUGCACUUAUUGACAUUUACUGUAAGUGUAGGAAUGUGGAGAUGGCCUACAAGAUUUAUAGCCAAAGCAGCAGCAUCGAUCUGGUAAUGUCCACGGCUAUGAUCUCAGGCUUGGCAGCUCUGAAACUGGGCAAGGAACUGCAUGGCAAAAUCCUGAAGGAUGGGCUAGUAUUAGAAGGUAAUGUUCAUUUAGAAAGUGCUGUUAUGGACAUGUAUGCAAAAUGUGGAAGGUUGGAUCUUGCUCACCAAAUUUUCAGAAGAAUGCAUGUAAAGGAUGCUGUUUGUUGGAACUCCAUAAUCACUAGUUGUACCCAGAACAGCAAACCAGCAGAGGCCAUAGAACUGUUCCGGAAAAUGGGAAAGGAAGAAGGACUAACAUAUAACCGAGUGACCAUCUCUGCUGCUUUAUCUGCUUGCACAGACUUGUCCUCACUCCAAUAUGGGAAACAGAUACACACCGUUUUAGUCAAGAGCGCAGUUGAUUAUGAUGUGUUUGCCCAAAGUGCGUUGAUAGACAUGUAUGCCAAAUGUGGUAACUUGAAACUCGCUCGGUGCACGUUCGACAACAUGGAAAAUAAAAAUGAGGUUUCAUGGAAUAGCGUCAUUGCUGCUUAUGCUAACCACGGUUGCCUGGAUGAGACUCUUACUUUGUUCCAUGGGAUGUUGGAAACUGGAAUUCAUCCUGAUCAUGUCACAUUUCUUGCUGUAAUAUCUGCUUGUGCGCAUGCUGGCCAAGUAGAUGAUGGAAUUCGAUACUUCCAUUACAUGACUGAAGAAUUUAAGAUCUCUGCUAAGAUGGAACACUACGCUAGCUUAGUAGAUAUGUUUGGCCGUGCUGGUCAGUUGAAUGAAGCAUAUGGUGUCAUAAAGAGCAUGCCUUUCCAACCUGAUGCCGGUGUUUGGGGCACUUUGCUUGGUGCCUCCCGUGUCCAUGGCAAUGUUGAACUUGCUAAAGUGGCUUCAAGUUACCUGCUUGAGUUAGAUCCAAAUAAUUCGGGAUACUACGUACUCCUUGCAAAUGUUCAUGCUGAUGCCAGUCAAUGGAAAAGCAUGCGUAAAAUACGAACAAUGAUGAAAGAAAGAGGAGUUCAGAAAGUGCCUGGUUACAGUUGGGUUGAUGUCGACAAAAGCACUCAUAUGUUUGUUGCUGGUGACGGAAGCCACCCAGAGUCUGCCGAGAUUUAUUCAUUGCUGGAGAACCUCCUUAUUCCAGAGCUCAGAAGAGAGGGUUAUGUCCCUCACCCUUACAUUCCAGUGCAUCCCCAGGUGGUGGCUCUUUGA